CUUCCACCGACUACUUCUCAGAACCCUCAGGAGUACCGCCGCACGCGGACACAGCCAGCCUCCAUGGCACGUCCCAAGUAAAGCGAUGCUAUUACUGUCGUUCGCCCCUCUCUUCUGACAACAAUAUGACUUUCCACGUUGAAAUCUUCGAGGGAGAUGGUAUCGGUGGUGGUAUCGCGCGGCAGGAACAGAUCUGCGCCCGUUGCGUGAUAAGAGGCGGAAUUCUGGGCUCCUUUGGCGAGGAUGCAGACGAGGCGGUGCACGAGUUUGAUGAGGCCACCGAUGGCCAGAUGCCGGUCGAGGCAGAGGAAAGGGUGCGGUGUACGGUCCGACCAGAGGACGUAGAGCAAGCUGCCGUGGUUGCAAGUACCGAUGAAGACUCGAAUGUUCAUAUGGAUGAUCGACCUAUUCAUCAGGAGCAGCCGCUUUUCACACCUCCGCAUUCACCGCACCCCGACGACGACAAUAUUAAUCCCGAUGAGCGGUAUCGACUACUCUUCAAUCGUGGGCUGCAGGAGUCCUUCACGCAAACUUCUGGACCCAGCAGCCCCGUCGAUAAAAACGGAUUCCAGCCAGCGCGGCCAUCAACAAGCCCGCCUUCCAACCUCGCCGUCUUUCAGGCGGCUCCGAGCUUUGCAAGGCACACUCCGCCCCGCACCCCAUCCCCUGCGGAUGCGAGCAGUAUUCUGUUUGGGCCACAUGUCGUUCAGACGAUAAUGGAGGAGCAAGGCCCGAGUUCCGAAGUGGCGCAGCAGCGGCAUGUGACAUUGCCCGACCUGUAUUGUGAUAUCACGCACCUCAAGCGCCGAACAGACGGACGAGGAUGUCUGUACCCCGGAAGCGUGUUCAGUGGUACACAAAGGAGCGGGAGGAAUAGCUAUGAUGUGAAGGUUACUAUUGUGGACGUUUCCUUCGCGGAGGCAACACUCACUGGAUAUCUCCUUAUCCAUAAUCUUACUCCAUCACAUCCCGAAUUGACCACACUUUUCACCGCUGACAUCAUCGGUGGCCCCUAUCAUGGUUUCCACACGGGAGAGUGGGGCGCGACUGAGGAAGACGACUUUACGCACUGGAGCAGAUUCCGCAGUUUCUCCGGAUUGAAAAAGGAGAUGCAAGGUCCGAAAGGGACAAUUGAUAGCAGAGAGAGGAACUGUGUCUACAUGCGCUGGAAAGAGCGCUUCUUGGUGCCCGAUCAUCGCGUGAGGGACAUUAAUGGUGCAAGCUUCGCCGGUUUCUACUAUGUCUGUGUCGAUCUUGACCCCGCAUGUUCCGCCGACAAUGGCAGCGGCCUCACCUUUGCGUCGGCCUCCCAGCAUCCGCUAACCCAGUCUCACCUUCCCUCUGCUACACGAGCAAACGCAAGCGUCACGCCUUCCGGUGGUCGGUCUCGGGCCGCAACCUUGAUGGGGGAUAUCAAGUCGUUCGAUUGGACCACACACGAGAGGGAGAAGGUGGAAGCGAUGGAACGAGCAAGAGGAAAAGGGUACGGCACGGCCAUGAUGGAAGGGCUGUACUACCAUCAGAACUCCGAACCUUACCAACAUCUCUCCCUGCGGCACAUGCCGGAACGUACGAGCGCGACUUUCGAGUUCCGCUAGCGAUGCAUCACCAACGUAACUUACAUAAUCGGUAUUUUUGUUGCCAGGAACCUUCACCUUUCCCGCCCAGCUCGUUUCGGCGUUCUCAUGUUUCUCCUUGAUCUUCUCUUUGUCUCUU